UUCCGGUGCCAACCUCAAGCUCAGACAGAAAACGAUCAAAGCAAAACAUUAGCAGAACAAACUUGAGAAGACUUGCUUUAAAGCUCGUGACGACACAGAUGAUAGUGAGAGGCAGAGAAGAUGUGACAGAGGGUGUGACUGACACAUUUGGGAAGUGUUUCAGAGAGACGCUGAGAUAGAUAUAUAAGCUUCAUAGAGUAUAUUCAGUGGCAGUAGUGAGGUGAGUGUGAGUUGGAGGAGCAGGUUAGGUUUAGCUUUGUGGACUCCCUGAUGGCAUCUGUUUCCAGCUGCAGAGGAGAGGAGCAGCCACCAGCUCUGCCUGUCAAACAACGCAAGCAUUCCAGCAUGGACUGUGACAGUUUUACUCCCAGUCCUUUUGACCACAAGCUUCACAACUUUGCAUACAACGAAGUCUUCACUGAACCCACCGACUGUCAUGCAACUCAGUGCCCCAUUCACCAGUCCUACGAUCCUUCAAGACACCAGAUGCGAUUUUUUUCUGAUGGUAACCCACCACCUGUGCCGAAGAAGAGGCUGGUUCGCACCCACUCCUUCCCCGGUAUCAUACCCCUUUCACCUUCUCCUAGGUCUCCCCUUUCUCCUCUGCAAAAACACCCUCAGAACUUUGACAACCCCCUCUACAUGAUGGCACCAAUACCUGAUGCUUAUUUCCAUGAGGAGACAGAAGACAUAAACCCACCCAGAGAGAGUCCUGCCCCUUUAUUAUCUUUCUCCCAGCUGUCAUUUGACACCCCAGAUGAACAUCUGCCUUUCCUCUUUAGUAACUUUGUCGACCAGCAAGUUGUUUCUCAGGGAAUUCAGCAUCGCCACCUACUCUUUCUCAGAAGCAUGGCACAGAGCAUGGAAGACCGAUGCAUGCUACAGGGAGUUGCCACAGAGAGGGACGUCAGCUCAUAUCAUCCUCAGGAUUUCCUGCUGUGUGAGAGCAGCAAGCCAAAGCAGAUUGGAGACAAGAUUUAUUACAGCCUGUACAGCCCUAAUUUUCCAAAGAGGGAGCUUGGUUUAAGGGUCCACAAACAGACCAACGAGGCUUCAUCUCGCACCAAACACCAGCCAUUGCAUGCCAAUUUGCAACAUAUUCUUGCAUAUUUUCAACCUACCGACUUCCUGGAAAACAGUGCCACCACACUGCAAGCUCCCACAGCACCGUCCUGUCCUUCAACGUCAGACUGCUCUCCUUAUACUCCUGCUGGAAGCAGCACUGAGAACGCCCCAGAUGCUCCCAACAUAAGCCCUCCCACAGUUCAGUCUUUCCUUCAGAGUGGACAUUGUGUGAGCAUUGAGCGAGACCUGCCACAUGCAACUCUACAGGACUUUGUGCAGCAGAGCCGCUGGCUGCAGAGCAACGAGUGUUUGGAUUAUGAUCGACAGGUGUGUGUUCUGUUGCUGCAGAUCUUAAUGGGCUCUCACCAUCUGUACAAUAACAGUGCUGCUGCAGUUGAGCUCAGACCUCAGGAUGUUUUUCUAGUGUGGCCCAGCUGGGAGAGAGAAAACGGAGAAAACACACUGAAACGAGAUGCUUCUGAAGGUUGGAGCAGCAGGCAGAAGGGGAAAAUUGAGUGGGAAAAGAUGGAGGAAAAAGAGCAGAUCCAGGUGCUAUGGAAGACUCACGGUUCUCCACGUGUAGUGCUAACCCCAAAGUCUUCCACACUUUCAGGGCUGCAGCUUCUGGCCUCCAUCAAAAUCCAGAUUGAAGCCUUAAUUCAACUUUUCUUGCAGCCGCAAGAGAGUCCAACAUGUCUGGGUACAGUUCCACUUUUGUCCAAGUCCCCAUACCGCAGGGGGCUUCUUCAUUUGUCUUCUAUGAUUAAGAGUGAAAGCAGGCUCCAGAUGACAGACAUGGUGGCCAUGCUUCAGGUGAUCCUCUGGGGCCCACGAGUCCCUUUCUUGGAUCACAGAGGCUCUUCAAUCACUGCUGUGCAUAGCUGGCUGACAAUCAAACGAGCUCUACUGGUGAUGAAGUUGGCAGAAAAGGGACUGAUUCAGGAUCAGUCUGCUCUGGAUUGGGAGGACAGCAUGUGUCUGCAGUAUCUGUCAUUUACAGACUCUGAAACAAUUCAGAACGUGGUCACUCAGCUGUGGCGCACUGAACACUGACGUAAGUUUAUAAUCAAGCCAAUCUGUUGAAAAAUUAACUAUCAGUAAAAUUGGUUGUAAAUAUGAAGUAAAAUUAUUUAAAUUCUCAACAGUUCUUAUGUUUAUAUUGAUGUGGAAACAGUUUUUUAAAAAAUCACUUCUUGAAAUGUAACUUUUUAAAUCAGUUUUCAAAUUUAAGUGAAUAAAUCUUUC